AUGCAGCGUCGUGUUUUCAGGAAUCGCAUAAACGAUGCACGUCGCGCUUCCAGAAAUCACAUAAACAACGCACGUCACGCUUCUAACAAUCGUAUAAACGACGCGUGUCGCGCUUCAGGGAAUCUCUGUCGCAGAAAUGACGAGCGUCAUGCUUCCAAAAAAUCACAAAAACGACAUGCGUCGCAAUUUCAGUCUGAUACGGGGAAUGAAGCCGAUAUUGGAGAUUUGGGAGAGGUAAGGAUGGAGAUUUUAGGAUUGGAUUGA